UGUAGAGUUUACGAGGAGCCGUGAAGGCAGCAGAACCCUCGUCACAGCCUUCCGCGGGAAAUUUGGUUAAAGUCUGUGUGUACGAUUUCUUACUUAUUUGGAUCAUAAACAUAACCACGUCGCUAUAUAACGCCUUGUAAAGCACAACAUUAAUGUUAGUGGACGUUGCUGGUACAGCCAACAUAACAAAAUGUCAAAGAAGAAGGGACUAAGUUUGGAGGAGAAGAGAAGUCGCAUGAUGGAGAUUUUCUUUGAAACGAAGGAUGUGUUUCAGCUGAAAGACAUUGAGAAGAUCGCUCCUAAGACGAAGGGAAUAACUCCCAUGUCUGUGAAGGACGUGCUGCAGAGCCUGGUGGACGACAACAUGGUGGACUGUGAAAGAGUGGGUACGUCCAACUACUACUGGGCCUUUCCCAGCAAAGCCCUGCACGCUCGCAAGAAAAAACUGGAGGAGCUGCAAAGUCAGAUUUCUGAAGCAAAGCAGCGGAAAGAGUCUGUACAGAAAGCGGUUGAAAAAGCGAAAGUAGGACGUCAAGAUACAAAGGAGAGAAGCUCUCUGCUGAAGGAGCUGCAGGCUCUAAAAGAGGAGCGAACUCAGCUGCAGUCCGAGUUGGACAAGUACAGGGAAUGUGACCCAGAAGUUAUUGAGGAGAUGAGAAAGUCAAAUGUUGUAGCAAAAGAAGCGGUUUCCAGGUGGACAGACAAUAUUUUUGCCAUAAAGUCAUGGACAAAGAAGAAGUUCUCUUUUGAUGACAGCCACAUUAAUAAAGCCUUUGGGAUUCCUGAAGACUUUGACUACAUGGACUGACUGCCAGUUUUUCUACCAGAGUUCAUUGUCACAAUAAGUGCAGAACAAAUGUUUAAGAUUUCAGUUUGAAGCAAGUAUACCUGGUCUCAGCAGCGGUUCUAGUUUAUGUUCCGUGUAGUAAUGUGAAAGGCAUAUGUUUGGCCUGGUGUAGGCUUUGAAUAAGGGCAGAUUUUAGUAAUUUUGCUGUGGCAGAUGGAAUUUAUCAGCCGAUAUGUUGCAAUGGUCCAACCAGGAAAGCAAUGCAAUCACUAGUGGCUGUGAAUGGUGAUGGGGUUCUCUGAUGAACAUGUGAUGGAAAGGAAUUAACACUUAACACAUCUGUGUGGCCAAUGAUCUAAUGUAAAUGGUUUAAACAGACUGUUUGGAAUCCAAUGCUUGUGCUCUUUUUCCUACCUUUUUAUUUUUGCUGAAA